AUGUUUAGCGGAAAAGCUAUUGACGGGGAGAAAUUGUGUUUUGCCAAUCUUGAAAGCUCAAUUAAGCACUACCUACAGAUCGUCGAUCUAGAAAAGCUGCAUAUUCCCACCGAGGAGUCUACUGACCAUGAGAUCAAUAAGUCCAAUGUAUUUAUCUCCAUACAGCCCAUCACAUCAGGCAACGUUGACCAGCAGUCCAAUGAAGAAGAUAAUAUGGGCCCCGCCUAUAUUGAAGGUAACAACAGCAACUCGUUUACUUUCACAAUGAUAUUGAAGGAUAUCACGAAUAAUAUUACCAUUGUGAGCAAGUCUCAGCCAUUUCCUUUGAGAUGGGCACGAUGGGUUUCAGGCAGGCAUGAUGAUGUGGAUUCUGUUUUUCAUUUGGGGGAUGACGGUGAGUCUGUUGAUCCAAGUGAUUGGGUAAAGGAUUGGAUCCAAGAUGGGUUGGGGUUGACAUUUGCCGUCUUAGCACAGGAGUAUGUCACAAGAAGGAUGGGAAUUUAA